AAUGAGAAAAUCUUAACUUGCCGUUAAAAUAAAAAAAUAUCAUAAACCGCCUAAAUUGGAAGUUUUCAGAAAAUAUCUCCACCACGUGUGGUGAAAAAAUAACAAGAACCCCCUGCCGGCGAACUGAAAUCUCAACUUAACCCCCAACCACGCGCCCCUUAAAUUAAUAUCUGUCUUUGUUCUUACUCCUUAUCCGGAUAUCCCUGUAGAAUUGGUAAAGCAACCCGGGGGGAGGUUAUUUUUGUCCAGAGACUUAUCGCCCUGAAUCAAUCCGAUUAGGGUUCUUCCUACAAGCCUGUAACGUCAAAAAACAAAGCAAAAUCACGCUACGCGGUUUCUGAAAACCGUUAAACACCAGAUAUGUACAACGGCAUCGGAUUACAGACCCCGAGAGGGUCCGGGACCAACGGUUACAUUCAAACGAACAAGUUUUUCGUGAAGCCGAAGACAGGUAGGGUUACUGAUAACACCAAGGGAUUUGAGGCUGGUCAGGGCACGGCUGGCGUCACUAGGAAGCCGAAUAAGGAGAUCCUGGAGCAUGAGCGUAAACGUCAGAUUCAGCUUAAGCUUGUGGUGCUUGAGGACAAGCUUGUUGACCAGGGUUACACGGAGGCUGAGAUUGCAGAGAAGCUUGAAGAAGCUAGAAAGGCCUUGGAAGCCGCUUCAGCUUCUGAGGAAGGUGGUGGACACACUGCUAUCGUGGUUGGAGAUGCAAAGGUGUCUGAAACUGAGACUCACAAAAUUGCUGCUAGAAAGGAGAAACAGAUGGAACAGUUUAGAGCUGCUCUUGGUAUAAGCACAGCUGAACCUAAUGAAAGAGCUGGAGGAGGUGUUGAUGGAGCAAGUGGUCAAAAGAAUGGUUCAAAUGACGAUAGCAAGUGGCUUGAGAAAAGUGAACAUGCUUUUUUGGAUAGAGAGACCAACUGGAAGAGACGAAUGGCAGAAGAUGGAAAAGAUGGGAAAGCUGAGAAGGAUGAUAAGAAAAAGGUUGUUAAAGAUGUGAAAGAUAAGAAUGAUGAGCCUCAGCACCGAAAGGGAGAUAGUAGGAAGAGAAGACGUAGGGAUGUUUCUUCUAAUUCAGAUAGCAGCAAUGAGCAUAGUGAAGGGAUUUCAAAGAAGCAUCAUAAAGGUAGCCUGAAGAGUGAUUCUGAGGAUGAAACUGAUAGUGACAACGAAAAGAAAACAAGUAGAUCUUCAAAGAACCACAAGAAAAGCAAAAAACAUAUUAGUGACAGUUCUGAUUCUUCAAGUGAUGAUGAAAUUGGCAAGAUUAGUUCCAGAAGGAAAGUUGAUAAAUAUGGAAAAUCUAAUGGGAGUCAUGAUUCAGAUGAUGGUUCUGAUUCUGAUGAAAGCUUAUAUAAACGUAAGACUCAGAAGGGAAAGCAGAAUGUCAAGUCAACAGCACAACAUGUUUCUGAGGAUGACUCUGACACCAGCAGUGGGAUAGAAAAGAAAAGAAGUCAAAUUGGAAAACCUUAUUAUCAGCAGGGUGGAAGCCAUAGGAGAGGGAAAGAAAGUUCUGAUGUGAAGCCUCAUAGGAACAGCAAUAAUGAUAGAUAUGGAAAAAGCACUCAAAGCAAGGAUGAUAAAGACUUGGUAAAAAAGGGCCCUAGGGGGAAUGACUGUAAGGAUGAUUCUUCUGAUGUUAGUGGUGAUGUCAAAAUUGAGAGUGGUAGGAGAAGUAGGAGACAUGAUUAUGAUGAUGAAGAUUCUGAUUCCAGUUAUGAUAGAAGUAAUAAGGUAACAGCAAGAAGGCCUAAGGCAAUUGAAAAGAAGUCAUCUUCUCUGAUCAAUGAAAGUGAUAAUAGCGAUACAAACAGUGAUGAGUCUCGCAAGGUAAGCAUUGACAGUGAUUCAGUUAGUAGUGGGAGUGAUGACAGACAUGAGAGAAGUGGGGAACAAUCUCUGGGUAAAAAAAGAAGUGGACGUGGAGAGGCUUUUACUGAUAGAGGUGGAAAAAAGGGUCCUGGAUCAAGUCAUGCUUUAAGUGACAGAAGACGAGAAAGAAGUGAUCUCAACAAUGAUGCUGCUUUAGAGACACUGAAAAAACUAGAGGAGAAAAGUCUGCACAAUACUAGGGGAGAUGCUGGUGAUAGGUAUAGAUCCACCUAUGCACAGCAAGAAAAUAUGACUGGUAAGUUUGAUGAUGCAAACAGGGAGGAGCAUCGGGAAUCAAAAUUAAGAAGUCGGAUUGUUGGAAAGGACACACAGCACAAAGAUCAUCCUGCAGAUAUGAAACUUGAAUCUGAAAUGGGCUCUAGACAGCAUAAGAACAAGGAUAAUCAGAGGGGUGAUGAUUGGAAUUACAAAGAGAAUGCUGGGGGGAGGAGGCAAAGUAGGGAUGAAGAGGAGCGGAAGGAGAGAAAGCACCAAAGUGAUGAGGAAGAGCAUACUGGGGGAAGAAGGCUUAGCAGGGCUGAAGAAGAGAGUAAAGAGAGAAGGCACCGAAGAGAUGAGAAGGAGCAUGCAGGGGGAAGGAGGUAUAGCCAAGAUGAAGAGGAGCUUAAAGAGAAAAGGUACCCAAGAGACGAGGAAAAGCAGGCAGGAGGAAGAAGGCAUAGCAGGGGUGAGGAGGACCAUAAAGAGAGAAAGCGCUAUGAAGAUGAGGAAGAGCAUUCAAGGGAAAGAAAGCACAGUGGGGAUGAAGAGGUACGUAAAUGGAGGAAACGCCAAAGAGAUGAGGAAGAGGAUCACAAGUAUAGAAGGCAUAGAGAAGAUGAUGAAGGGCAUCAUCGAGUUAGUCGAAGGCAUGGAAGAGGGGAGGAAGAAGAAAGAGGAAGUAGAGGUCCUGAGCUGGAAAAACAAUCUGAUUACUCCAAAAGGGGUAGAUAUGAUGAUUCACGGUCAACUGAAGGAAAGAAGCAAAGAAGUGAUGAUGAUUGGGGCAGAUAUCGAAACUAAAGGUGCUUUCCGGGGUUCAAAAUGUAGCUGCCUUGCCAAACCAAGGCUGAUUACUAAAAUCAUUAACUUGGUUUGUGGGUUCUUUUCCUGGAUUGAAGUCUAAAUGGACUGUUGCAGCCUCGCCAAACCAAUUCCCAACUGAGUAAACAUUCUCUCCAAGAGCUGAAUUCAGGGAAAUGGAAACUUGGCUGCAUGUAUUGGGAGACACAGAGCGUUGAUUUCUGUGAGAGGUUCUUGAUCUCUCCUACAACUAUCUCGUACCAGAUUGUGAAAUGAGUUGCUGAAUAAUAUUUUCGCUAUUUGUUUAAUGAAUUUGUACUUGGUGAUAUGCCAAGAUCACAAUGGGGUAUGCUUUUGUUGCGUGCCUGGGAGACUUAGGUGACAAAUAUAGUACUUGCUUUUUGUCCUUUGAUCUUUAGGGAAAUGAAACCCUUUGUUGUAUGUUUUGAUAGAUGAUCUAUCUGGCUUUGUUGUCUUUAAA